AUGACCCGUACCUCUGUUCUAGCCGAUGCUUUGAAUGCUAUUAACAAUGCCGAGAAGACCGGCAAGCGCCAGGUGUUGAUCAGGCCUUCUUCCAAGGUUAUCCUUAAGUUUCUGCAGGUUAUGCAAAAACAUGGUUAUGUUGACGAAUUUGAGUAUAUUGAUGAUCACAGAUCCGGUAAAAUUGUAGUGAAUUUGAAUGGUAGAUUGAACAAAUGCGGGGUGAUAUCUCCUAGAUUUAACGUGAAAAUUAAUGAGGUUGAAAAGUGGACUGCUAAUCUUUUACCAGCAAGACAGUUCGGCUAUGUAAUUUUGACCACAUCCGCCGGAAUUAUGGACCAUGAAGAGGCUCACAGGAAACACGUUGCCGGUAAAGUCCUAGGAUUCGUCUACUAA